AUGAAUACUGUUCUUGAAAAUAUUAUUAAUAAUAAUUUGCAUAAUAAUUGGAUACUUCAUCGAGAUUUGAAACCAAUCAAUUCAUUAAUUGAUAAACGUGAUGUUUUAAAAAUAACUAAUUUUGGUUUACAUCGAUCACCUGAAUUACUUUUGGGUACAAUAAAAUUUGGUACUGAUGUCGAUAUAUGGGCAGUCGGUUUAAUUAUGCCUGAAUUGCCACAUUGA